UAUCAGAAUCACUAUUAGAUUCUAAAGUGAACUGUUAAGAAUAUGGUCAAAAUGUUUGAAGACUUAAAUAUUUAAUGAGGUAUAUUUUACUUUAAAUUGGAAAAUAGUCAUAAUGACUCAGUAUUGGGAGAAAGUAGUAAAAUCCUCCUAAAGCAAUCUGUGUCUGUAAGGGACUUUUUCCUUGGAUGAGGUCUUAAGAUCUGAGCAGCCCUACUGACAGCAUAGUUUGUAACCCUGAAGUUCUGCAGUUUGAGGAACAAGGACCUCUCCCAGCCAAAGUGGAGAAAUUUACAAAUUUAGCUAAUAGUAGAAAGAGAAUUUCUAAUAGGAUUAUUUGACUACCACAUCUGAAAAUUAUAAAGAUUGUAUCUGUUAACAAAUAAGAUGUAACUUAAUUGUUUAUUCUUAGGACUGGAAAAUUAAAGUAGCUAAAAAUUUUCCUACGGGUUUUGAGCCAACUAGUCACUGUAUGUGUAAAACUCUAGAAUGUACUUAAUCUUAUUUUAUAAAUGAAAUAUUAUUUGUGCAACUUGAGAAAAUAGUAAUCUAGCCUUAAGCUGUGAUUGGUGAACCUUUGCCGUUUGAGGUAAAAUUUUGUGGGACUAUAAUUUGAUAUUGUUCUGAGUUUUGAUUUCAGGUAUGAGUGUCUGAAUUGUCAUGAAACCACGAGUCCACUAUUCAAGGGGGAUGCCAUGUGCUGCCCAAAGAGAGCACAGUAUGAGAACUGCUACAGGUAGAUGUCUGUGCCAGGGAAAAGUUGAGGGGACAACCUGACAUAGGCUAAGAGUCUUCAAGCAGAAAGGAAUAGACCAACUAAAAGCAUGAUUAACAUCAAUAGCCGCCUACAAGAACUCUUUGCUUAUGCUAUUAAGACUGCUUAUCCAGAUUUGGAAAAUCCUCCCCUGAUAGUCACACCAAGUCAGCAACCAAAAUUUGGGGAUUAUCAAUGUAACAGUGCUAUGGGUCUCACAAAGAUGCUGCUCAAAACCAAGGAAGAGAAAGUUAACCCAAGAGAUAUUGCAGAAAAUAUUGCCAGACACCUUCCAGACAAUGAAUACAUCGAAAAAGUUGAAAUCGCUGGUCCUGGUUUUAUUAAUGUUCACUUAAGAAAAGAUUUUGUAUCCAAACAACUGACUAAUCUUUUGGUGAAUGGAGUACAGCCACCUGCUCUUGGAGAAAGAAAGAAGGUUAUAGUCGAUUUUUCUUCUCCAAACAUAGCUAAGGAGAUGCAUGUAGGCCAUCUUCGUUCAACAAUCAUAGGAGAGAGCAUGAGCCGACUCUUUGAAUUUGUGGGUCAUGAUGUACUCAGGUUAAAUCAUGUGGGAGACUGGGGGACACAGUUCGGUAUGCUCAUCGCUCAUCUGCAAGAUAAAUUCCCAGAUUAUGUAACGGUUUCACCUCCUAUAGGUGAUCUUCAGGCCUUUUAUAAGGAAUCUAAGAAGAGGUUUGACACUGAAGAAGAAUUCAAGAAGCGUGCAUACCAAUGUGUGGUUCAACUCCAGAGUAAAAUGCCAGAUAUCACGAAAGCUUGGAAUCUUAUCUGUGAUGUUUCUCGCCAGGAGUUCAAAAAAAUCUAUGAGGCUUUAGAUAUUUCCCUAGUAGAGAGAGGGGAAUCAUUCUACCAAGACAGGAUGACUGAUAUUGUCAGAGAAUUUGAGGAGAAAGGAUUUGUACAGGUGGAUGAUGGGAGGAAGAUUGUGUUUGUCCCAGAUUGCUCAAUUCCAUUAACAAUAGUAAAAUCAGAUGGAGGUUAUACUUAUGAUACAUCCGACUUAGCAGCUAUUAAGCAAAGAUUAAUGGAAGAAAAGGCAGAUGUCAUUAUCUAUGUGGUAGACAAUGGACAGGCUUUGCACUUCCAGACUGUAUUUGCAGCAGCUCAGAUGAUUGGAUGGUAUGACCCUAAAGUGACCCGAGUAAGCCAUGCUGGAUUUGGUGUAGUGCUAGGAGAAGACAAGAAAAAAUUUAAAACUCGCUCAGGUGAUACAGUGCGCCUCAUAGAUCUAUUAGAGGAAGGACUGAAAAGGUCUAUGGAUAAACUGAAGGAAAAAGAAAGAGAUAAGGUUUUAACUCCAGAGGAAUUGAAGGCUGCUCAGAGUUCCGUGGCUUUUGGCUGCAUCAGAUAUGCUGAUCUUUCCCACAACAGGAUGAAUGACUACAUCUUCUCCUUUGACAAAAUGCUAGAUGACAGAGGAAAUACAGCUGCUUACUUGCUAUAUGCCUUCACUAGGAUAAGAUCUAUUGCCCGAUUGGCCAACAUUGAUGAAGAGAUGUUACGGAAAGCAGCUAAAGAAACUAAGAUCAUUUUGGACCAUGAGAAGGAAUGGAAGCUGGGCCGGUGCAUUUUACGUUUUCCUGAGAUUUUGCAGAAGAUUUUGGAUGACUUGUUUCUCCACACACUCUGUGAUUAUCUCUAUGAAUUAGCAACCACUUUCACAGAAUUCUAUGAUAGUUGUUACUGCGUGGAGAAAGAUCGACAAACUGGUGAAAUAUUGAAGGUGAACAUGUGGAGAAUGUUACUGUGUGAAGCAACUGCCGCUGUCAUGGCUAAAGGAUUUGAUAUCCUGGGUAUAAAACCUGUCCAGAGGAUGUGAUUAAGCCUGUGUUUGAGACAUUUUGUAUUUUUACAAAAAUGGCAUUAGUACUCUUUGCUUUUUUAUAAUCAUGUGGAGAAGAUAUUUUAAAAAAUAAAGGAAAAACGCAACUUUCUCUAUAAAA